CAUGGCUGCACUCAGAUCAUGACAUUCACUUCCGCUCUCUGUUUAUGUGUUUUACAUUUUAUAUAUGCUGCUCUCAGCUGCACGGAACAGAGAGUGAUUUGAGGUCAGUUUAAGGUGCAGUGUCAUGUUUUUUUUUUUUUUUUUUUAGAGAGAGUUAAAAAUCCUCAAUCUUGCAAGAAUGUUUCACCUUCAUAUGCUCAUAGAAAUGUUGACAAAAACAUUUACACCUAAUCUGUCCAUGUAGGUGAAUAUAACAAGAUAAAGUAUCAUUGAGUGAACGUUUUUUCUUUCUUUUGUCAUCCAAAGUCCUUCCAAUAUUUUUACACGUGUCCCUCAGGUCAGACUAUCAGGUAAUUAUAAUUGUUACCAGUAGAUCUGAUAGUGUCUAAUGCGCAGGCACGUUUUGACUAAACUCUCUAAAUGUUUGUAACUGGAAUUAAAUUCAGUUUACGCGCCUUUUUAUGAACUAAUUUUAGUUUAUUUGUCAAUGUAAGCUGACAUGAAUCUUAAUAUCAUGCCUUUAUGUCAUGAAUUAGACUGUCAAACAGGUGCAUUUCUAUACAAAUAAAGAGGAAAACAUGCAGGAUAUUGAGGCUUCUCUGAGUAAUAUUAAAGUUUAUCCUGAUUCAUGAUGGUCACAAACUAGAGGUCACAGUUUAUCGACCUUUUUUUUUAUUUACUCCCUCAUCUCCUGUUUGUGUACUAAUAUCUCAGCACUAUUUACUACCAAGUUGUGUUCCCCGUUUUGUUUGGACUGCAAUUAAAAAUCAGCCAAUUGGAACAGCCGGAAGGAGGGCUCGUGCGCCUGGAGCAAGGCUGGCGAGACCUGCCAAUCACACCCCGGGUAACCAAUCAACGGGGACGCACGGGGGUAAACAUCCGCGCGUCGUCGGGCUUGGAGGGGGGCGGGACUACUCGGCCUGUCAGGGGGAGAGAGAGAGAGAGAGAGAGAAAGAGAUAUAGAGAGAGAGGUGGAGAGAGAGAACAAGCGAAUGAGAGAAGAGGCUUGCAAGCAGCGCCGUACACUGUUAUACUGGAUUGUACUUCAACGGGAGUUUGCGGUUUGGCAGGUUUAUAUACAUCAAAACAGAACAAAGAGAUAGGCUCUACAGUGCUAUAAAAGAAGAGAGAGAAAAGAAUAAAGCGAGGGAGAAAUCUCAGCGACUGAAUUACAAAAGAACUAAGGACACUCUGCUAAUGUUUUUCACAUCCAAAGGGGACAUAAACUGGGACUUUGUACAUUGUGGAGAAUUUGCGAGGCUUUUUUGUUUUUUGCGACCACCAAAAGUUUGUUUGGGACGAGGCUUUUUCCCCUGUAUAUUUGAAUUUUAAUGCUCACAAUUUCAUCCCGGUGCAAAACUUUCCAAACGGACUGCACAUGGUUUCAAAGGGCUUUUGAAAACCUGGAAUUUUAUCCUCCGAUAUCCAUGCAGAAGUGUUUGAACUAGAAUGUUGUAAAUACAUGCGGAUUUUAUUCAGCUUUUUGCCACCGUUUUUGAAGCUUUUUUGCGUUUUUUUUUUUUUUACGCACGUCGAUGGUAUUUGCCAAAAACCUACCCAUACUUUUAAAGUUUGAAUAAUUCAUGAGAUACAAUUUGCCUGCUCGAAAGAAGUGACUGUAAAAAGGGAGGGGGGUUAUCCACAAACAUAUUCAUAAGGGUUGACGGAAUGGCCACCGCGGCUUCCAAUCCUUAUCUGCCCAGCAAUAGCAUCUUAUCGUCCGGCUCCAUCGUGCACUCUGACUCCGGAGGUGGUGGCAUGCAGCCGGGCAGUGCUGCGGUUACCUCGGGGUCUGGGGGCUACAGGGGAGACCCCUCAGUCAAGAUGGUACAGAGUGACUUUAUGCAAGGCGCAAUGGCAGCGAGCAACGGGGGACACAUGCUGAGCCAUGCCCAUCAGUGGGUGACAUCCCUCCCGCACGCCGCUGCAGCCGCAGCAGCAGCCGCGGUUGCUGCGGCUGAAGCCGGAUCGCCCUGGUCGUCGAGCCCCGUCGGGAUGACGGGCAGCCCGCAGCAGCAGGACGUGAAAAACUCCGGCAGAGACGAUCUGCACACAGGCACCGCGCUGCACCACAGGCCCCCUCACUUAGCUCCCCACCAGACUCACGCCGGGGCUUGGGGGAGCACGACUGCGGCUCACAUUAACUCCAUAUCCGGGGGGCAGCAGCAGCAGCAGUCGCUGAUCUACUCCCAGCCGGGGGGGUUCACUGUGAACGGGAUGCUGAGCCCGGGAAGCCAGAGCCUGGUGCACCCAGGCUUGGUGAGGGGGGACACCCCGGAUCUGGACCACGGCAGCCACCACCACCACCAUCACCACCAGCAUCCGCAUCACCAGCACCACGGCGGAGUCAACAGCCACGACCAGCACUCGGACGACGACACGCCGACCUCGGACGACCUGGAACAGUUCGCCAAGCAGUUCAAACAGCGGAGGAUCAAACUGGGCUUUACGCAGGCGGACGUCGGCUUGGCUUUGGGCACCCUGUACGGGAACGUUUUCUCUCAGACAACCAUUUGCAGAUUCGAGGCUCUACAGCUCAGCUUCAAAAACAUGUGCAAGCUCAAGCCUUUGUUGAACAAGUGGCUUGAGGAGGCCGAUUCGUCCACCGGCAGCCCCACCAGCAUCGACAAGAUCGCGGCGCAGGGGAGGAAGCGAAAGAAGCGCACAUCCAUCGAAGUGAGCGUCAAGGGGGCUUUGGAGAGCCACUUCCUAAAAUGCCCCAAACCUUCGGCCCAGGAGAUCACCACCCUGGCGGACAACUUGCAGUUGGAGAAAGAGGUGGUUAGAGUGUGGUUUUGCAAUAGGAGACAGAAGGAAAAACGGAUGACGCCCCCAGGAGUGGCACAGACGCCGGAGGAUGUGUACUCUCAGGUCGGCAAUGGGCAUUUUUUAGUAGAUUACUUAAAAGAUGCAAGUGAAGCGAGCGACCAGAGGGUGACAACUACAAGUUCAUUCCACCAGAAAUAUUCCCCAUCAUUAUCCUGUGUUUGAUUGAAGAAACAAAGGAGCAGGCAUUUUGUAUAUUUAGAAAUGGGACUCACCCCCCCUUCCUCCUCCUCUGCCUCCUCAUCCUCCUCCAAUGCCCAACAAUAAGUGAGGAGGGGGGGAAAAAAAAAAACUGCAACAAAAUGAAGAAGAGUGACAUCCACGAAGCUUCCAUCAUGAUUUACAGCGAUUUUUAUAUUUUUUUCCUGAGGUGGACUGCAUGGUUUCAUUCACACACACACACACACACAAGGAGGAUUAGGGAUAUUUUUUUUUCUUCUUCUUCUUUCCUUCUCAUGUUGAGGCCCUCAUGAGAGAAAAGACAACCAGGACCAGGACUGUCCCCCCUCCCCAACCAACCAACCCCCGCCUGAUCUCAAAGAUCACCCUCUUAUUUUUUCCUUCACAUGGGUUUUUUGUUUUUUUUAAAAUUUCUGAUUAUUUAAAGGACUUUGACGCCGUGAGUGGAUUCCCCUUCUCUCCUUUCUUUUUUUUCCUCCCAACAAAUAGAGCAUAAGACAUUUGAAAAAGACUUCAGCUGCACUUAUUUGAGAAAAAAAAAUCUGAAAAUCUGUUGCCAAGUGUGACUGAGUGGGUGCUGUGGAUAUACUAUUAAUGCUGCCCUUUCUAAGCAGUAUUCUUUGGUAGGUUUUAAUAAACAAAACUCUGUAAAGCCGGCAAUAUAGAUCACUAGAUCAGAUACUGAUCUGAGUUAUUUACUUUAUAUUUUUCAUCAGAAUGAUUUGUUUUAAUAUUUUAUUCGGAAUACAUAUGAAUUAUUCCAAACGGUAAUUUAUUUCUCCCCCCCCCCAGGAACUUGUGUAAGAUGCUUUCCCUUUCUUGUUUUAAUUUCUCCUUAUUAUUUCCUUAUUUUUUUUUCUUGUUGCCCUUAUUUGUUUAAUUUUGUAUUAUCGUUUCUAAAGGAGCACAAAUCAUCAUAAGCUGACAUUGACCGUUGUUAGGUAAUAAGGGUAUAUUUUGAUGUGAUAAUUUGAUUGUAAUUUAAUUUCAGUAGUGGUUCCGUACGAGCUGAUUGAGACACAAUAAAUUUGUUAGAAUGAAACGCAGUCAUCUUGUGUUUUGGAAUUUAUAUUCUAUAUAUAUAUAUAUUUAUAUUGGGGGCUGUUUGUUUGGAAAGCAUGUUGUGCUAUUUAUUUAUUUUCAUUUGUGCAUGCACAGCAGCAGAAGAGGCUAAUGAAGAAAAUGGUGGACUAUUUUGUCCCAGAUGAAGCUGCGAGCUAAUAAUAACCUCUAUCAGAAUGAUGCAGAACAAAGCUCUUU